UCUUUAUUUAACACACUUCAAUAGUUUUGAUCCCACCAUGAAGUACAGGACGGUGGUGAUGUACAUGGAGAUCGGCUGCUUCGUGUCCUGCCUGUGUGGCUGGAUCCUGGUGUGCUCCACUCUCCCCACAGAGUACUGGACCUUCUCCGAGGUGGGCAGCGUCGUGCUGACAACCUCCAACUACUACUCCAACCUGUGGAGGGACUGCAUCUCCGACACCACGGGGGUCUCCGACUGCAAGGACUAUCCCUCCAUGCUGGCCCUGCCUGCGUUCCUCCACGCCUGCAGGGCGCUCGCUGUCUGUUCUGUUAUCACUGGUUUCUUCGGAGGCAUCCUCACACUCGUGGGGAUGAAAUGCACUAAAAUCGGUGGAUCAGAGGUUGCCAAUGCGAGGGUGACCUUUGCAGCUGGUAUUACCUACCUGGUUUCAGGAUUCUGUGGUAUGAUCACCUACUCAUGGUGGGCCAACAAACUCGUGACAGAAUUCUUGGAUCCAACUUUCAGGGCACAGAAAUUUGAAAUUGGAGCGGCUGUUUUCGUUGGCUGGGGAGGCUCCACUCUUCUCAUCUCCGGAGCAACAGUGAUGACUUACUUCUCCGGAAAAGAAGGUCUACCAUCAAAAUCUCCAAAGAGGCCUCGAAGGCCGGCCACUUACGCCACCGCCAGGACCCGACAGACCUACAUGCUGCCGAACACGUCCUCCAGAGGGAAUAUGGGGCCGCCGCUUUACUAUGAAGGCAGGAAGAGCCGAGGGACAAGAGCCCCCACGAAGACCAGCGCGACCUUCAACAGGGACAGCUUCGUCUAAAGUCUGAGCCGAGGAAGUGACUUCAAAGACUGAAUUAGAAUAAUCAAUACCACUCUAGUGUGUUGAUGUUCAAUAUGAAGCCACAGGCAGCAUUCUGUAAGCCUAGAUUAGCAUAAAGGUAAUCCUGAUGCUGCAAUUAGUCAAUAUUUUGUAUUUAUAGCUGUUUUUUCAUCAGUGAGCAUCCACUUUUAACUCUAACCCGUCCUAUCUGCCUUCUUUGUUCCUUUGAGACAGGGUGAAAGCAUAAAUGAGUACAAAAAGGAGAAACAUUGCUCAUAUAGUAACUUCACAGCAUGUGAUACCACUUUGUAUUUUAGUUUAAAAUUAAGACCGUUCCAUGCCUCAUCUAAGCUUUGUUAGUGUCUUGCCUUCAUCAGGUAUGCAUCACUUUCCAUUUAUACAUUAUUCAUCCGUAUUGUGACUUAUGAUGAAACUAAAUUAACAUAACAUUCUCAAUAAGUAUAAGAUAACACUUUCAGAAAGUAUAACUAUUGAUGAGCAAAUGAAUUCAGUGUCCAUAUUAGGUUUCCUUUCCUUU